AUGGGUGAGCUUGUGUGUUCAGCUAUGGCCAAAAUAACUUGUACGUGUCAGGCUGCUGUGGCAAAGUGCAUACUGCAGGGCGCAGGCCUCGACGAGGCCAGCUGUACUCAGGCAAAUGAGGAACUGGAGGUUCUAAGGGCCAAUUGCGUCCUGGUGGGCAGGGAUAUCUUGGAUCCGUUCGUGGAAAGCACGUAUACGGCAACGAGAUGUACUCAUUGUAUGCCGGCGUCUGGAGCUCUACUUCGACAGGUCUUGCGCACCGGUUUGCUCGAAUGUGAAGAGCUCUGCGAGCAGGACACAGGCUGCCGAGGCUUUGAUUAUGACACAAUUCGAGGCCUUUGUAGAACUUGGGGCAUGUGCCCCAAUUCUGCUCGAUCAGAUGAAAAUGGAUGUCAAUGGGCAACCUACGAUCAGCCACGACAGACUGUGCAGUCGACGACAUCCCAAACGGAGGCUAACACUACUACCAGCACUGCUGUCCAAGCGCCGAACAAAGCGGUCGCUUUAAGUGCCGCAGUGAGUCCUGGACCAGAUGUGGUAGUCAUGGCGGCUUGCGCGCUUCAAGCCAUCUGGAUCGGGUGA